GGAAUCCGGCGGUUUUGUCUUUCUAGUCUUCUUGUUAUGUGUCUCUCUUUCCUCGAUUCAUUGAGGGAUGAUAUUUGUUGAAUCAUUAGUCUGUUAUAUAGAAAAUUUUCAAGAGUAGGGUUUUGAAACUCACUAUGUAUGGGUAAUUCAAUUCCAUAUGUUUCUUUCUAUUGCUUGCACUUCAGGACUGUAUUUCUUGUCUUUGGAUUUCUUUUCAUUCUGUUUUUCUUGUUUUAGCUGAAUUGUGAUAUUCAGGCUAUGCUAUCUGUUGUUGGGUAUUGGGCAUUUGUACAAAUAGAUGAUGAUUGCUAGUGGAAUUGUUUUUGUGUCUGUUAAUGUGUCACUACUACAACAAUUAAAAUAAGACCAACUAACAAACUAAUUAAAACCCUGACCCUAAAACUAAACUUACGGUAUGAAGAUAGAAAAGGAGUUGCUUGGUGGUUCCCUUUUGAUCGAGGUGGAGUGGAUGAAUGCUGCUUUUAUUUGAUGGGUUGCAAACUUGCAAUAGGGAGAUUGAAUGAGGAGAUGCUACUGCUCGAGCUGGAGUUCGGACAAUGCUACCAGGAUAAAUUGCUUUGAGCACUCAGAGACUCUAUUAACAAAGAUCGUACAUGAAGAAUAUGAAUGCAAAUGAUAGACUAUGGUAUGGGAAAAUGAGAAUAUAGACUGGGGCUUAUGAUCCCCCUCUACCAUGCAUUUGCUUAUUUAUUCAGGAGGAGAUGGAAGUAGGAAGGUGAUGGUGACAAUGUUCGAUCAAUUUAUGUUGAUGCUUAUGUGUUUUCAUGGAAUCUUUUAGAUGCUUUCCAUUUUAGAGAAAUGUACUCUGUUCAUGCUUGUUUCCGUUUAACCAUCAUAAAUUAGUAGUUAUACAUAGAUUGAAGAUUUGCUGUUAUAUGUAGUAAAGUUUAAUGUUUUAGUUGUACAUGGGAUUUGGAAUUUUGGAUAUGAAUGGUAAAGCAGAAGCACUUU